AUGGAGGACCACACUCAGAUCAAAGCCGAUAUCAAAAAGGCCUACGACGCCAUCGCCCCCAAAUACUUCACCUGGACCCAAAACACCCACAAAGUCCGCCUCUCCUACGUCGCCAAACUCCUUCACCAGCUAGACGGCGAAGCCACAGCUUCAGAUGCAGACGCACAUACAACCCGUACCAUCCCCCCGGUCAUCUCCACCUCCCCACCUCCCUCCGCCCACAUCCUCGAGCUGGGCUGCGGCGCCGGCGUGCCCGUCACCCAACUGCUCGCCGCUCGUCCCAACACCACUGUUACCGCCAACGACAUCUCCUCGGCCCAGAUCGCGCUCGCCAGAAGCCAUCUCCCGGCUUCGGACUCGCUGACCCUCGAGGAAGGUGAUAUGAUGGAGCUCGACUUUGCCCCGGAGAGUCUCGACGCCGUGCUGGCCAUGUAUUCCAUCUUUCACCUACCCCGGACCGAGCAGGUGACGAUGCUGAAGCGGAUUCACGGCUGGUUGAAACCUGGAGGGUGGGUGUUGAUGAACUUUGCGGCGGGGGAGGUGGAGAGGGUGUCGGAUGGGGCGUGGUUGGGGGGACGAGAGGGGACGAUGCAUUGGAGUGGAUGGGGGGUGGAGCGGACGAGGAAGAUUGUCGCGGAGGAGGUGGGGUGGAAGAUUUACAUUGAUGAGGUUCGCGGUGAUGAUGAGCUGGAGGAGGAUGGGAGUGUGAAGAGGGUCGAAUUCCACUGGGUGAUGGCCCAGAAGCCUCUCUCGAACACGUGA